AUGUCUGCUGCUCAAUCCCCCGUGGUUUUAUCCAGCUACGACCCGAAGGGCCGUUUUUUGUGCUACGUGAGCACCGCGCUCGAUAAGCAGAGGGUGUCUGUCGAACCAACUCAGAAACUGGCCACGGAUUCUGUCCUGAACGAAAACUUUCUGUCGUUGAACGAUUCUAAUUUGAGGUGUCUGGCGCUGGAAUGGACGUAUCUUUCGGCCAACGAGACGGUGUGCGUGCUAUUGGCUUUGAACAACGGUGAGGUCUGGUUGUAUUCGCCGCUGGCGAAUGAGGUUUUAUAUAAGUUGUCCACAGGCAACUCUUCAGAGGUGAGAGACAUGAGUGUGCAUGGGUCGUCUUUGUGGUGUAUUGACUCUCAGGAUUUUGUUUACGAGUUCGACCUUACCAGUUUUGAGUUGAAGCAACAUUUCCAAAUUGAAUCCUGCAGUAAUCUACAAAAAAUCUUGGUCCUUUCAUCGACGCAGUUGUUGCUGGCUUCACACCAAAUUUUCCUGGUUGACAUAUCUACAAGGCAGAACUUGCUCACUUUCCCAGGUCAUGUAUCUCCAGUCACCGUCUUGGAGAAGUUGACAAGCGACUAUUUCAUCUCUGGUGCGGACAGCGACAGAUUCUUAAACGUUUACGAUUUGAACUCCUCCGCCACAAAGACUGUUCUAGUGGCCCAGUCCAACGUGGUCAAGCUGUCUCACUACGAUCAAGACUGCAUCGUUAUCACCACGGAGGAUGGGACGGUGGAAAUAUUUGUGGACCCACUCAUCACCAACACAAACAAGAGAAGAACCAUGAAAUCGAAGCAAGCGACUAAAACUCUCAAGGCUAUAGGUGAUUCCAAUGACUCGCAAAUACCCCUAUUGAACGCAUUUGUCCACAAGGACAUCCUAACACUGUCGUACUUGCAAAAUGCAACAAUCCCAUUCUUCAAUCAGCUGCAAUGGAGAGAUCUGCCUGUGGAAUUUACCGUUAAACUUACCCUUAACCAGGGGAUAACGCAUCGCCCCAAGGACCGUUCAUUGCAUGGCCAAGAUUUGGCAUCUGUAGCCAACUACAAAGAGGGAAAUGCCCGUGUCACUUCAGGGGAUAAUUUCAAGCACAUAGAGGAUAUCAUUAGAGAUUUGGAGUUGGAGGAGAAGGCUGGUGAGAGAGCAAAUGAGGAUGCUGUCUUUGAAUCUUUAUCUGACAGACUGCCCACAAUAAAUACAACGAAGAGGAAAAGUCCAGCCAUCGGUACCGUCACCGUUAUACUAUCGCAAGCCUUGCAGUCCAAUGACCAUUCGUUACUGGAAACAGUAUUGAAUAACAGAGACGAGCGGGUUAUCAGGGAUACUAUCAUGAGAUUGAGGCCCACUCUGUCCGUGAUCUUGCUCGAAAGAUUGGCGGAAAGAAUCGCGAGACAGACACAACGUCAAGGUGCCCUGAACGUGUGGGUAAAAUGGUGUUUGAUUGUCCACGGUGGGUACAUGGUCUCGAUCCCAAACUUGCUCAAGACUUUGGCCUCGCUGCACUCGACCAUGAAAAAUCGUGCCAAUUUGCUUAACAGGUUACUGGUCUUGGAGACGCGGUUGGACCUAACGCUGAAUAGUAUGAAGCUGGAAAAUUUCGAAGCCGACGACGAAGACGCUUCUGCUACAUAUCAAGAAGAAGACGAGGAAACGGUGGAGUACAAUGAGGAAUUGGACGAUGCAGACCUGAUAGAAGACGGGGAAGGUGACGACUCCGAGUCUGAAGAAGAAGAGGACGAGGACGAAGAGGGCGACGACCCGAGCGCGCAGAAACGCGAGAACGGGGACCAGGAGGUUGCUGAGGACAGCGAAGGUUACAGCGAUGUAGAGAUGGCAUAG